ACCCAGAAUGCCAGCAUCUUCCGUCAUGUCUCUUCUAGUCGGGUCGAAAAGCAGAUUCAGUCAUGAAGACGAUACUGUCGAGUAGAUUCGUUCAACUCCCAGAAAAUGUGGACGUGUCCAUCAAGGCCCGACAGGUCACCGUGAAGGGACCGCGGGGCUCGCUGACCCGUAGCUUCAAGCACCUCAACGUGGAACUCAAGCGGGUCAGCAAGAAGAAGAUCCGGGUCAACAAGUGGUUUGGGUCCCGCAAGGAGCUAUCCUGCGUCCGCACCGUCUGCACGCACAUCGAGAAUAUGAUCAAGGGAGUCACACUGGGCUUCAAAUACAAGAUGCGUUGCGUCUACGCCCAUUUCCCUAUCAACUGCGCCAUCCAGGAGGAAAACAAGCUGCUGGAGGUGCGCAACUUCUUGGGCGAGAAGUUUGUGCGGCGUGUCUACAUGAAGGAAGGCGUGAAGGUCUCCGCGUCCGCCAAGGUCAAGGACGAGCUAAUUCUAGAGGGCAAUGACAUUGAGCUUGUCUCGCAGUCAGCUGCCUUGGUGCAACAGUCCACAACAGUCAGGAACAAGGACAUCAGAAAGUUCCUGGAUGGCAUCUACGUCUCAGAAAAGACCACCGUCGAAGAACCAUUGUAAACAUGCUUCCCCCCCUCCCGGAAAGGAAGAGCUUGACCCAGAUUGGAAUUCGGCCCAUUUAGGAAUGUAUUACUGCAGAUCCACGGCGCUUCAUCCUCGGUGAGGGAACAUAACCUCUGGCUGUGAGUGGAACAUUUUGACCUUGCAUGGACAUUUUCAAGUGCUCAUUAGUUGCAAUUUGGGUUUUCAAGACAAUCUCGAGCACUUUGCGUCAGAUGAAAACUGCUAUAAAUUGACAAAGGGAUUAAGGUAUUUUGCCCCUCUGAGAAUAAACCAAUCACAGGAGGAGUGUAA